AAUAAUAUUCAGAUGACCUGAUAAUAUUGCUUGGUAUAUGGGCCCCAUAAAUGGGCAUUUGGACCCUGUGUACAAAUUUCCUGUCGCCAUUUUUGUCGCUUUUCUAGAAGCCCAUCCCCCCUAGCAUCUUCACAGGAAAGAAUAGUCAGUGUUUCAGUGAAUACACUGAAUAGCGGCCGCGGAGAAACUAGCUUGGUGGCGAGACCGGGACAUACAAUACCGAAGAUGGCUUCACCGAGGACGAUAACCAUUGUGGCCCUCUCUUUCGCUCUUGGUCUUUUUUUCGUCUUCAUGGGCACCAUAAAGCUCACACCAAGAUUAAGCAAAGAUGCUUAUAGUGAGAUGAAACGGGCAUACAAGAGCUAUGCCAAGGCUUUGCCAGGUCUAAAGAAGAUGGGCAUCAGCUCGGUGCUGCUCCGUAAGAUCAUUGGCUCACUGGAGGUGGGCUGUGGUGUGGUUCUGACAUUGGUGCCAGGGAGACCCAAGGAUGUGGCUAACUUCCUGCUCUUGCUGGUCAUGCUGGCGGUCCUCUUCUUCCAUCAGUUAGUUGGAGACCCCCUGAAACGAUAUGCCCAUGCUCUGGUCUUUGGUAUUCUGCUCACCUGCCGACUGCUCAUUGCCCGCCAGAGUGAGGACCGACCUGAGCGGGAGGAGAGCAGGGAAGAACAUAUCAAUGCCCAGGAAAAUAACAAAGUCAAGCAGUCCUAAUCAGGUCCAACCAUCCAGUCUGGGCAGAGUGACAGCAAAAUGGAAUCUUGUGCAUUUCUUUGGAUUGGAGCAAUUCAGAUUCAAAAGAAACACAGUCGCCACAAGGAGUGAUAUAUCCACCAAGUUAACCACCCACCUGUCCCCGCUCCCACCCUUUUGGCUGACUGGUUAUUGGUUUCACCUGCUUCCCUGCACUCUCAUCCUAAAACUGCUUUCCCCUUGUCCUGUAUCCCAACCUUGACAGUGGACAAUCAUCCUUGUGGCAACUGUAAUCAGCUCAACUCUUUUGAAAAAAUAUAGGACCUUUGUCUCACCAGCCAAUUGGUCCUUUUUCUCAUUCCCUCCCAUUUUUAUUUAGCAUCUAUCAAAACAUAAGAUACAGCAUGCCUGUGUUUUUAGUUCGUUUUUGGCACAAAUACCAAUUUGAGGGACUUUGUUGGCUUUGAGAAUGCUGAUGUUUUCCACUAUUGAAGAUUGGUACUUUUGUAUUGAUUUUAAUUUUGUUAUUUUACAGUAAUUAAGCAUGGUUCAUAAUUAAAUGGCUUAAAACAAACUCAUAGCUUAUCAGCACUGUUCAAAGAUAUAUUGUAGUUGAACAUUGACUCACAUUUAUUUAAAUACAUUAUACAAUAUCACAUAUUUCCAUUGGUAUUAGUAAAAUAAGAAUAAUUUUUGUGAAUUCGUAUUAGUUUUGUCCAAGCUUUUUCCUGAUGAUUAGAUUUUCUUGUAACUACUCUUAGGCAUGACAAUGUACCCCUUUUCCCGAAAGAAAAACCAAACUGUCAAAUGGCAAGUCUUUCACUCAUCUCAAAUUGAUUAAUCACUUUGUUGGACCCAACACUGUUGUUCAAGAACUCAUGUGGAGGAGAGACCUAUGGGAAGGCAUUUUUCUAGCAAUUAUGUUUAAACAUACAUCUAUGGUUGCUAGCCUAGUGCUCUCUAUGUCUCUGGACCACAAUCAAUAGUCCAGCUGCUUUGUCAAAUGACAUAUCCAAUAAAGGACUUGAUCUUUGUCUCUUAAUAAAGGACUUUGUCUCUCUUCACAUCCAAUGACAAUAAAGGCUUAUGUUUA